AUGCAGUCGACGUACGGUGGAUUUUGGGUGAAUUAUUUCAAGAAAGUUAGCUGGGCAAGUCAAUCGAGAUUCCUCUUGGUAUUCAUUGUAUUCUCCCUAUUUAUCACUAUCAUCUGCACAUCUCUAACUCUCCUCACUCUCAUCAAGCUCCCCGAAAGAUCUAAAAAUCUGGAAAAGUCAAUAUCAAAUGCCACAUUGAUCAUUUCCAUCGGGUUCAGUGGAACAGCUGCAUUUCAGAUAUACUACGGAUUCUUUUUUGUGUAUUCCGAUGGGUCGCAUCCGAUAUUUGGCUUGAAUUUUCUCAGUUGGGAUUUCCUUACAGUUGGAUCGCCUAUUGUUAUGUUGUGUGUUUCCUCGUCGCUACGGAGACAUGUGCUGGGAAAAAAUGGUGUUAGAGAUAGUAUGCGAGUAAUGGUUAGUAGUAUAAAACAAGAGCCUCCGGAUGAUUUCCCAGAAACUGUUUUAAAUUACAACUGUCCACACUGCGCUUAUAAGCCCAAUGGACCAAAACGACUGGCGCGGCAUGUGAAAUCCCAUGAGAAUAGAAUCAUGCAUCCGUGUGUUGUAUGUAAGCAGGAAUUUAGUUUCCGGCAAGGUUUACGUCGUCAUCAGCGGCAAGUUUGUGGGAGAGAUGGAUUUAUAGCUCAAACUAAACCGGAAACCCAAUCUGAAGGGUCAGCCAAAUCAGUAAGCCCUACUUGGAACAAAUCGGAAACCAUCAAACAAAGGCCUAUCAAGUCAGAACCUGUUAACUCACUCAACGAAGUUCUGGGGAUAGAAGAAAAUGAAGAUAACUGGAAAUGUCACUAUUGUGCUAUCACUUUCUCUGACAAGACUCUCUUUAUCCUUCACCAGAUUCCACACUCUGCUGAUAACCCAUUCAAAUGCUCAUUGUGUGGAACUCAAUGCGCCAAUAAAAUCACAUUCGCCAGUCAUGUAUUGUUCUCUAGUCACUGA